AUGCCGUGUUGGUACUACGAGCGUGAAGAUCUCAUCCAUACGCCGUCUUUUCAUGACCAAAUCGACACUGAGACUGAAACACGUUUUCGACGCGAAGGCGCUCGAUUUCUUUUCGAUGUGAGCAACAAAAUGAAGCUGCGUUAUGACACAUGCGCCACUGCCAUUGUAUUUUUCCAUCGCUUCUACAUGUCUCAUUCAUUCAAAGCAUUUCCGCGUUAUGUCACAGCCGCCUGUUGUCUCAUGUUGGCUGGAAAGGUAGAAGAAACCCCGAAGAAAGUGCGCGAUAUCAUCAAAACAGCCCAACUUCUUCUGUCUGAGGCAGAUUUUAAACAGUUUGAAGUCAUGGCUUAUGAACGUGUUCUGCUAAAGACAAUCAAGUUUGACUUACAAGUGUCUCAUCCAUACGGUUUUCUGCUGCAAUUUGUGAAGCGUAAUAACGACAAAUUGAAGGAACUCGUACAAAUGUCUUGGUCUUUCAUUAAUGAUAGUCUAGCGACUACGUUGUGUCUUCAGUGGGAACCGGAAAUCGUCGCAUGUGCUGCUCUCUACCUGGCCACCCGCGUCAGUCGCUACACAAUCGAAGAUUGGGAGGGCAAACAACCUGAUGUCCGGUGGUGGGAGAGUUUCGUGGAGGGCAUGAGUACUGAGGUUAUUGCAAGGUCCGUGCAUGCGACAUUCAAUUGGUUUCUUGCAACCAUUAACGAUACACUUUCGUGUGCCGGUUUUGGUCGCCCAUUUGGAUAA